UAUAGGAGACCACGGAGGUUUGCUGGUGGCUGUGCCUGUAGCUGAAGACCGCUUGGCUAACACCAUCAGGUAUUCCUUUGACGAGGGCCAGUGCUGGAGAGACUACAAGUUCACAGAGGAGGAAAUCGUGUUCACCGGACUGCUGACGGAGCCGGGAGCCAAGACCAUGAAGGUCGGGAUCUGGGGGUUCGGUCGGGACGACCACAAAUGGAGGGUCACCGUCAUCGACUUUGAAAAGGUUGUCACAAGACAAUGUACUGAUGAUGACUACGACACCUGGCUGGCACACGAGGAGUACCAUAAGACGGGAAUAGAGGACGCCUGUCUUCUGGGUGUCAAGGAGACGUUUCGUAGGAGAAAGAAAAACACAAUGUGUAAGAAUGGCUACAGCUAUGAGGUUCAGGGAGAAAAGCACCAGUGUACCUGCAUGGACGCCGACUAUGAAUGUGAAUACGGCUUCCAUCGGGACAGUGAGAACAAGUGCACAGCAGACAAGGACUACAUCAGCAAAUUUCCUGAGGUCUGUGAAAAAGGAGAAUUACAGGAGAUAAAAAGUAAUGGGUAUCGCCUUAUUCCCGGAGAUGAGUGUGUGGGCGGCACGCCACCUGAGGUCUCCCUGGUGGACCUGAGAGAACGGUGUAGUAAAUCAGAGCUGUUUGAUGAGCAGUACGGACUGGCGAACUUCAAGUCUUAUUUCAACAAAGAGGGAGCUGGAGGCAAAGUUGUGGCUGGCCUGACUGUCACUGUUAUUCUUAUUGCUGUCCUCAUCAUUGCAGUUUAUUAUGGCAAGAGAUGGUGGCGGCGGAAACAGAACCAAGAUGUGUACCGGUACUCGGAGCUGAACCAAACAGAUGAUGUCACAUUGGAGGAGGACCACUCCAGUAAAACUUGGGUCUACCACGAUGACUCGGAUGUGGAUUUGCUGCCUUAACAUCAGCAGUUUGAACUGCAGACUUACCAUCCAAGAGAGCUCCGGAAAACUACAAGCAAGACCAAGAGAAAGUUCCAUAAUUUUAUUAUAUGUGUUACAUGGGGUGACACUGACAAUGAAAAGGAGAGGCCAGAUCGAACAUUUACUGUUACUCUGAAUUUUGGCUCCUUGCUCUCUACUAGAAGACAUGCCGAGCUAUCUUGAACAAAGUUACUAUGAAAAGUCUUACUGAGAACUGUUUCUGUCUCUCUCACAUUUGCGUUGGAAAGUUUCUCUUUCUUGACUUUUCCUCUUUCUCUGUAUGACUGUUCAUUUUCUGAGAAGUUGAUUAAGUGACCAUGUGGUCAAUAUAGACCAAAGGAGGCAAUAUGUAAGCAAGGCCUUGAUAUAAGGUAUUAAGUAACCUUGUUUUACCUUGGGAGUAUGAUAUCUUUUCAGUCUUCAUGUUAGAAGCUGAGUAUUUGUCAGGUUUAAGGUUUGUUACCUAUGCAAUUGUCUCUCAAUAUUGAGGUGUGGAGCUGCUAUUCUAUGUUGUAUUUCAUGAUUUAAUAUAUUUAGAAAUCUAAAGAGAGAGAGAGACAAUCUAUCUUCUUCUGUUUUGUAUAUUUUGGUGAAACAUGUUGUUCAGGGCCUUACUUGUGGAGCUGUGCAAUUUCUAUUCUUUCAUACUCUUGUGUUUGUGUGUUUUCUGUGUUUAUAUACAUUUUCCAACAUAUAAACAGAUCUUGACCUUUCA